GUUUUUCUCCCAAUCUCCGGUUCGCAAUGCGCGUGCGCUCUGCAUCCAUCUGUGUACGGUGUACCACACAUCGAGGAAUUUGUAAGCUUAAAUAAAGAUGCUCAACGUCUCGGCUCGGUGGUGCCUUCGUAUCGGCGAAACUGAUUUAUCCUGAAAGGAAAACAAGAGCAGAACUCAAUAUAGGAUUUUAACAACAUUCCACAACCGAUUAAAGUCUUAGUGUAUCAUAAAUCAAUUCCAGCUAUGGAAUUGAAGAAAUCAUUUUCUGAUACCGAGCGCUCAUUGAAGAGCUACGGCUCUGUAUCGGAAACGGAAUGGACAAAAGACAAAGGUCAGUCAGAUGUGUCCAUGGCGGAGAGCAUCAUGUCUCCAGACGAGAUUGAAGUGGAGAUGGCUCGCAUCCAGCGCCUCAGGGAGGUGCUGGUAAGGAGGGAGUCCGAACUGCGCUUUAUGGCGGAUGACAUCCAGCUCUGCAAAGACAUCAUGAGUCUGAAACAGGAGCUGAGGAAGGUGGUAACUGUACCAGAGAAAGAGAAGACCAAGAAACAGAGACAGUGGGAGGAGGAGUUGAUCCUGAAAAUCCAUAAACUGGUGCAGAAGAGGGAUUUCCUAGUGGACGAUGCAGAGGUGGAGAGAUUAAGGGAGCAGGAGGAGGACAAGGAGAUGGCUGAGUUCCUGAGACAGAAGCUGAUGCCUCUGGAGAAGCUGGCCAGAGAAGCUGCCCAAAAUCCCCAGAAGCCCAAGAGACAAGUCCCUGAUCCUCCGCCCAGCAAGCCGUCCGUCACCAAGUCCAUCACCAUCAUCAAGGACUGCUGCGGAGCCACCCAGUGUUGUAUCAUGUAACCGUGGUUACAGAGGAGUUGAGGACAGUACACCCUCCCAUUCACAGCACCACCCUAGUAACAACAACACAGUCACACUGUACAUCUGUCACCUGACCUGGUCUCUUGGUGUCAUAUCACCUAUCGUUACAUCAUUUCCUGUGAUCCAGAGAACCCUGGUGCAAAAUGGACGCCCAUAUAGAGGUGAUAGAUGGACAGGCCUGCCCACAUGUAAAUAAUGGAAUAACAGAAAUGUAAAUGAAAUAUGUGGCACUAUAUAAUGUUAAAAGGCAAUUGGAAAUUGAAUAUAUGGGACCUGUACAGUAUUGUAAGCAAUACACCAAUUUAUAUUGAUUUAGGGACUCAUUACAUCCCUCUUGAAACAUUCUUCAGAGAUCAAUAAUGACAUAUAUUCCUCAGAUUUAUAAGCACAACGUCUCAUACCCAACCACAAACGCAUCAUACCAAGGUUCUCUGUCCACCAGGAAAUGACAUCAUGACUUAAUUGUUAUUGACUUUGUCAUUUUGAAUAACGGGUAUUUACUGGAUGCUUCAAUUCCAACCCUUUAACGGAACAACUAGAACUCCUCUCAGACUUAGGACUGUAUGCUUACCAGGGUGGGGUCAAUUCCAUUUCAAUCCUUUAACGGAACAACUAGAACUCCUCUCAGACUUAGGACUGUAUGCUUACCAGGGUGGGGUCAAUUCCAUUUCAAUCCUUUAAUGGAACAACUAGAACUCCUCUCAGACUUAGGACUGUAUGCUUACCAGGGUGGGUUCAAUUCCAUUUCAAUCCAGUCAAUUACUUACCGAAUUACCAGAUUUUAAAAUGAAUUGAUCCAAUCCUGAUGCUUGCUCUGGAACUGUAGAUUAUGACACACUUCACUCACUGCAGUACAUUUUUUAUCCCUUUAUUGUAAAGGUAUACUUCCUAUAUAAACAGUAUUACUGAACACAGUUGCUAUGAUACCAUUUACAUUGGCAAGCUGCAACAAUCGCAUGAUUGAGUUAUUUUGUUUUUCUAUGAUGUAUAUUAACGUAUCAAUAACCAGCCAGUAUACACGCAUUUAUGUUGCUAAGACAAAGUCAGCCUUACAACUGGUCAUUCUUAUCUUCACCAAAACAUACUGGUAGUUAUUACCAUGGUAUCACUACAAUAUUAUUCAUGAUUACAAUGAAUAAGUAUAGCAAAGGAAAACAAUUAGCGCCAUACUACGAGUCUUGCAAUUUCUACGGCAAAACAAGAAGAGGUGAAUGCAAUUAUUUGUACAUGCCUUUGUUAAGAUUCUGGAAAAGAGAGUGUUUGUUGGAAUCUGUUUGUAGAAGAUUAGAGAGUCCUGUUCAACAAAGUGACCCUCUACUUCAGAAUAUUGUCCUCUACCUUUGGGUAGAUCUCAGAAGUAUUUUUCUUGACUCAUCCAGUCCUUCUCCUUGCUUCCAUCGGAGGUUUUGAGAAGCAAAGAAUUUAAGAAAACACUGACACUCAUCCCUGAACUUUGUUCUGUAGUAUAUUAGUGAUGCUUUAAUGUCCAAAUUGAACAAUAUGCAUAAAAUGAGAUGAAAUUACCUGUCCAUAUACAGUACCAGUCAAAAGUUUGGACACACCUACAUCUCACACCUUUUUUAAAACAAUUUUCUACAUUGUAGAAUAAUAGCGAAGACAUCAAACC